GUGGUGGUCCACUUCCAAGAACAAGACAGGACUGUGAAAUUGGGCCAGCCUGGGCUAUGCUGUGAGACGUUCUCAAAAAUCAAAGGUGUUAUCACGUAGUACCCAUAAAAUUCAGUACAGUUAAGUGCUGAUUUAGGGACCUACAGGGAUCUCUAUUAAAGCCAACGAAUGUUUGGGCUUCAGACACAGGCUAACAUCUGCUGCCCCGAGGCUGCCAGAAGAUAUGCUCUGCUGAAGCCCCAGGUAACUGCUGAAGACAAAGCCCAGGAUUCAUUUGGUGUUGUCGGCCCACGAUGCAGCAUUAAGAGUUUCUGCUACCUCCUCCCUCGUGUUCUUAAAAACAAAAAGCUAUUCAUCCAUCCCUCUGUGGCUUGAGUGGCAGUAGUUGCUCGUCCCCUGGAGGGAAGGCAGAGUUUGGGUUUUUCACAGCAAGGUCUUCAGUGACAGGAUAACAGCCCGUUGGUGAGUGGGGGACUGGGAUACUGUAGAAUGUCUGCUUAAGUAUUCUCCCACAGGAGGAACAGAGGCCACAUCCAAUUGCCUGUACACAGCAGGUCAGUGUUUUUGCCUAGAAAAGCUCAGGGGUCAACAUUACUUCAUAGACUUCAUUAGAAUUCUAUUUUGAUUAUAAUCAACUCACAGUGAUAUUUUAGGACUUUUUCUUGGUUCUGGGAAUUGAAGCCAUGAUAUCAUACAUGCCUUCACUGUUAAAACUCCCAGCCUAUUUUAGAAGUGUGGCCAGGUUCCUGGUCUCCCUUCUGGAUUCACAUGGCUUUCAGAGGGAAGGUGGGACAAUGCUGACUUCUGAUAAGAUGGGUGUAAGGGUCCAGACCAGCAACAUCAUCAGAGUCCAGAAGAGGGAUCACUAAGUACAAUGUGCCUCAAGUGGAGCCUGUGAUUACAUUCUUUAGGUACAUAUUAACCUAUUAAAUCGAUCCUGAUUACAAACAAACUUUGCCCCUACCUCGCCUGGCAACCAUGAGAAAGGCAGAUAGAUGUCAGCCUAUAAAAGGAAACGAGAACUGUCCCCUGGCCUUCAGGCUCUAACAUCUUUUUGCCAAGAUGCUACAGCUCAAACUCUUUGCAGUGCUCAUGACUUGCCUGCUGUUGUUGAGCCAGGUCAAUGGCUCCCCAGUACCAGAACUGAGUUCAGCAAAGAGAUCCCGGAGAAUGACCCCAUUUUGGAGAGGGGUUUCCCUCAGGCCCAUUGGUGCUUCAUGUCGGGAUGAUUCGGAGUGUAUCACAAGACUAUGCAGAAAAAGACGCUGUUCUCUGAGUGUGGCCCAGGAGUGAUGUCCAUACCAGGGGAAAAGUCAGCUCCAACAGUGCUCCGUUAUAUGGAAUAUUGGUUAACUGCAUUUAAGUGAAGCAACCUUGUGUUUUUAAUAUUUAAAGACAGAUACUUGCUUUAAACUGGUCUCCAUUUCUUCUUAGAAUGUUGUUGAUACAUAGACGUUGUACAUAGACGUAACUAAGUUUGUCAGAGUUUAUUUUUCUAUAAAUACUAUUAAAUGUCUCAAAUCCAAAUUCUGGCAGUCUGGAAUUGACA